AUAAACUCAAUCUUUGACUGAUUCUCAUCUUUUUUUUUUUUCACUGAACCGUUUCCCUCGUUAUCAGGAUUCAGCUCCGGGAAAAAAAAAAUCAGUAUGGGACAGCCGACCUUCCUCCUCUUCACCCUCCUCCUGCUGCUCCUCCUCCUCGCCCUGUGCCGGGGUCAGAGGUCAAACCUGGACGCUGGGAGGCCAUCCUGCGAUGGCUGUGACCUGCACCUCUCCUGUAACUGCUCCUGUGGCGGAUUCUCCCGAGUUCCCGUGGUAACGGACCGCGCACUCACUCUGGAUCUCUCCUUCAACAACAUCACCAUGGUGACCGAUGUCGACCUGACAGGCCACAGGCCACUGAGGGCUCUGAGUCUCCACGGUAACAGGCUCUCCGUGAUCCAUCCGUCAGCGUUUGACUCUCUGUGGAGCCUGGAGGACCUGGAUCUGUCCAACAACCAGCUGACUGCUCUCAACCACGAAUGGUUCAACAAGCUGGGAGCUCUGCAACGGCUCAACCUGCUCAACAACCCGUACAGGUGCGUAGGUUCUGCUCCGGUGUUUCAGGGGCUGGUCCGGCUCAGGAGGCUGGCUCUCGGUGGUCCUGCUCUGGAGGAGAUAAAGGCAGGAGCUCUGUCUGGAGUCACUCAGCUGGACGAGCUCACGGUGCAGGCCAACAACCUGCAGAGGUACGAGGCCGGCGCUCUGGCCUACGUUUGGCCGUUGGGUCGGGUCAGUCUGAGCCUCCAUGGACCAUUUUUCAGUAACGUAUCUUUGGCCUCGGCCGUGCUCCGUGACGUGUCGUACCCUGAGACGCCUCUCAUUCUGGAGGACCUGCAUCUGAUCGGGAAUCAGUCUGUGCAGCCGUUCAGAGAGACGGCCAGGAGGAGGGUCAGGCACAUGACCUUCCGUAACCUUUCCACCUCCGAUGAGGCCGUUGUUGAUAUUCUUGUGGUUUUCGAUGGAGCGCCGCUCACCUCCCUUUCCUUUGACGGCAUCACGCUGACAGGCGAGGGCAGGUGGGAAAAAGCCAGCCAGACCGAUCACAGAAGCAUCGACGAGUUCUUCGUACGAAACAUCGUGGUGCUGGACGUCUUUAAGUUUGUCUCGUUUCUGCAGCUGCAGUUUCUGCUGCAGUAUCCCAGAAAGGUGUCCGUCAUAAACGGCAAGGUGUUCGUGAUGCCCUGUGCUACGUCUGGCCUUCUGGUGAACCUGCAGUACCUGGACCUGUCUGACAACCUGCUGACUGACAUGACUCUGGUGGAGACGCUGUGUGAAGGACAGAGCAAGCUGAAGGACCUCCGAGUUUUAAACGUCAGCGGGAACGCUCUGAAGUCUUUGUCCACGGUGAGCUGGCUGGUAGCAAACCUCUACAAACUGACCCACCUGGACAUCAGCAGGACCGCCUACAGCUCCAUGCCCCAGAGCUGCACCUGGCCCUCCACCCUGCGACACCUCAACAUCUCAGGGGCUAAACUGACCACCACCACCCCCUGUCUGCCCCCAACUCUGGAGGUGCUGGAUCUGAGCAACAACGAUCUCAAAAGCUUCACUGAGGCGCUGCCGGCCCUGCGAGAGCUCCACCUCUCUGGGAAUAAGUUUAUGAGGGUUCCCCCGGGACGUCUGUUCCCCAGUCUGCAGACACUGAGUAUACAGUCGAACACCUUGAACAUGUUCAGUCGCUCAGACUUCCAGUCAUAUGAACGACUCCAGAACCUCCAGGCGGGUCAGAACAAGUUCGUCUGCUCCUGCGAGUUUGUUGCCUUCUUCCGGUCGGGCACUAAAGAAGGUGGAGGUGUGUCUCUAACAGACGGAGAGGAGAGCUACGUCUGCGACUCUCCUCUGUACCUGCAGGGCAAACCGGUGGGCCAAGUCCGCCUCUCGGUUGCCGUGUGCCACCGGGUUUUGUUCGUGUCCGUGAGCUGUGGGGUGGCGCUGUUCGCUGGGAUUCUGGUGUUUGUCCUGCUGUGGCGCCUUCACGCCUUCUGGUACCUCAGGAUGACGUGGGCGUGGCUGAAGGCCAAGCAUAGCUCCCGGCGUCGACGGCGGCUCCGAGAAGAAGCGGCUUCAGAAGCCUUGCUGUCCUUUGAUGCCUUCGUGUCCUACAGUGAAAGAGACGCGAGCUGGGUGGAAACCUUCCUGGUACCUGAGCUGGAGGAGCCAAGUGAGACAGACGAAGACUCUGCCAACCCCAGAACUCCCCGGCCACUGACCCUGUGUCUCCACAAGCGGGACUUCCUUCCUGGACAGUGGAUUGUGGACAACAUCAUGAGCGCCAUGGAGCGCAGCCGUCGGACCAUCUUCGUCCUCUCUGAGAAUUUCGUCCAGUCUGAUUGGUGCCGCUACGAACUGGACUUCUCCCAUUUCUGGCUUUUCAACGGAGACGGCGGCGGAGAGCCGGCCAUCUUGAUCCUGCUGGAGCCGCUGUCCCAGGACGACAUCCCCCGACGCUUCUGCAAACUACGCAAACUCAUGAGCUCCACCACCUACCUGGAGUGGCCUCAGGACGAGGAGAGGAGGGGGGAGUUCUGGAGGAGUCUCCGCAACGCUUUGAGAGGAGAAGAGGAGGAGGACUGAGAGAGAAAGAACACGAGAGGAAUGAAAGGGUAGAUAAGGAAACAGAAGAGGGAAAGGAAAUGAAGGGAAGAGAGGAAGGAAUGAAUAGAGUCACAGGAAAGAAGAAGAAGCACAAACAUGGAAGAUGAGCAGUGAUAAAAUAAUGGAGUGAAAAGAAAAGAGGAGAAACACUGGAGGUGGUGAUGAGGAGUAUUAGGACUAUCAGGACUUUACCAUAUUUAAUUUUAGAAAUGAUCAGUUCAGAAUUUUUUCUCAUAUUCUCUCAUUUAUUUAUCCUAAAGCAGAAUGAUCUGCAGGAAUUAGAUCAUCUGCUGUUCCAUAAACUGUUUGCAAAUAUGUGUUUCAGUGAUCAGUAAUAAUAAUAGUAAUAAUAAUAAUAAUAAUAAUAAUAAACACAGUUUAUUUAGGGGCUGUAAACCUAAAGUGUGACAUUACCAUAGAAAAAUCUCAUUAAAUGAUGUAUGAAGUGAAGGACUGUGGGCCAUGUUGUCCCUGCUGGUUUU